AUGUGUCCUGUAGGAACUUAUGGGCUUCAAACUGCCGCAACAGGCAUUGACGCAUGUGCUCCUUGCCCAGUAAGCAGUAUGGCUUCAGACUAUCACCAAGGGAAUGUAGACCUCAGCGAUCAAGAUGGAGUGGAGCCUUGUCAGCAGACGUCUCUUGAUGAAGUCUGCGACGAAGCGUGCAGAGAAACACGCCCUCAGCUGAUCCUGAAGGAAUCUACAUUAAUCAUAGACAAUCCUGAAACGAGUGAUGGUGAUAAGGAGUUCGACCUAAAUGAUCUCAUUGAGCACACCGGGCUUGCUACUGGCUCUUACGACUGCACUGAGACUCAAGGCUGCACUGUUCGGAUGUUUGAUACAACGCUAGGUAGGCAUCAUGCAUGA